AAGCAGUGACUACAUAAUACUGAAUCAUGCAUAAGCAUCAUUAACUGAUCACAAGGCUGCAUCAGCACCCCUCUCCCUCUCAGACACCCAACUCCCAUCAUUCGCCACUUCUGACCUAUCCAGCACCAUCCAUCCACCACCCCCAAAACCGUACUUUCAUCCCUCGACCACUAGAUGGAUAACACCGCGUGGGACAAGAACCCGGUGGCAUCACAUGCAGCCCUCAACGGAGAAUUCCAAAUCGCAUACCUUGCUGCAAAGGUGCGGUUUCCAACCCGCGUGCAGGGAUAGUCAACGACCGUCGAGCCAGCAUGAGCACCUACCUCCUCCUUCUCCUCUCCUUCAAGAGCAGCAAGGAUGGCUUGGCAGCCACUCUCGCAUCAAUUCUCCUCUUUUUCGCGUCUCGAGGCUGGAUCGUGCGCCCCCAAAACUCUGCCAACUGGUUGGUCAACUAUCCUCCGUACUAUCGGUGGCUCCUCAUGCAGCCAAUAUCUCCUAGUCUGGGUUGA